AUGGAACACCCCUCUAAACGGGCCCGACUCACGCUCGACCUAGGAGAUGAGAGCCCACCCGGCAGAGUGUCUACGCCCUUGGCAUCGUUGCAUAGGUCCGUCACCCCUCCGCCGUCGAGGGCACGCGCAACGUUGUCCGCGCCUGCUACUCCCGCAUGCCCGGACCUAGCAAAUGAUCGGGUGGAAGACAAAUCAAAUAGAUCAGUCAAACUCAACAUUACGGAUUCGUCCCCUCAAUCUCCACAACUGGUUCCCUCCCUGGUGCAACUCACCCACAUCAGAGACUUUCCCGAUCACAAGGAAUAUAACGUUGACACCGUCAAGCUGCGCGACAUCCUCGGGGAUCCAAUGAUCCGCGAGUGUUGGCAAUUCAACUACUUGUUUGAUGUGGACUUCCUAAUGGCCCAGUUUGAUGAGGAUGUUCGGAAUUUAAUCCAGGUGAAAGUAGUUCACGGAUCUUGGGAGAAGGAGUCGGCGAAUAAAAUCCGCGUGGAUGAAGCAUGUUCCCGGUAUCCCAAUGUCGAGGCUGUGGUUGCCUACAUGCCCGAGAGGUUUGGGACACACCAUUCAAAAAUGAUGAUUCUGCUACGCCAUGAUGAUCUAGCCCAGAUUGUUAUACACACGGCCAAUAUGAUCCACGGAGACUGGACAAACAUGACCCAGGCCGUUUGGCGAUCUCCAUUACUGCCUCUUCUGAACUCACGCGGCUCGACAUCGUUUCGAGAAAAACCGGUGUUUGGCACCGGAGCACGGUUCAAGAGAGACCUCCUCUCGUACCUCAAAGUAUACGGAGUCAAGAAAACGGGGUCGUUGGUGCAGCAGCUUAUUCGCUAUGACUUCGGAUCGAUUCGCGCAGCACUUAUCGCAAGCGUUCCAUCUAAGCAGGUCUUGCACAGGCUUGACUCAGAUCAAGGCACUCUAUGGGGCUGGCCAGCUCUGAAAGACCUCAUGGGUCGCGUACCGAUACACGAGUCCGGCAAGAAGAAUGAGAACCAACCCACCAAGAAAUCCCACAUUGCUAUACAAAUAUCAUCCGUCGCAUCUCUGGGCCAGACAGAUAAAUGGCUGAAAGGCACCUUUUUCAAUGCCCUGGCACCACAAUCAACCCACCCGCCGCCUCGAUAUUCCAUUAUAUUCCCCACCUCCGAUGAAAUCCGCCGCUCUCUCGAUGGUUACGGCUCUGGGGGGUCGAUUCAUAUGAAAACGCAAAGUGCACAGCAGCAAAAGCAAUUGCAAUAUAUACGCCCGCAUCUCUGCCACUGGGCGGGAGACGGGCCAUCUACCUCGAACUUCAUCGACCUGUCUGAAGACAAGCCUCUCAAGCGCGAGGCUGGGAGAGGUCGUGCAGCACCACAUAUCAAGACCUAUAUUCGCUACUCGGACGCGGAAGCCAUGAACAGUAUUGACUGGGCGAUGGUGACCUCUGCGAAUUUGUCUACACAGGCAUGGGGUGCGGCAGUCAAUUCGAGCGGCGAAGUGCGAAUUUCGAGCUGGGAGAUUGGGGUCGUUUUCUGGCCGGAGCUGUUUGUCGACGCCCCUUUGUCUCAGGGCCUCCCAGACGGUCCGGAGUGCACUACGGCGAUGAUGAUACCGUGCUUCCAACAUGACCAUCCCUCUUGCCCUGUACCAAACAGUCCGCACGAGCGCCAGGCCUCCACUGUCGUCGGUUUCCGCAUGCCCUACAAUCUCCCACUGACCCCGUAUAACACCUCGGACGAACCCUGGUGUGCAACAGUCGCGCACCAUCUCCCCGACUGGCGCGGACAAACCUGGAUCGUGUAA